AUGGGGGUUGAUGAUUUUGUCAAACCUCAUGGAAGUAGCAUCACUGACUCCUUCUCUCCUUCUCAACCAACCAUAGCCGAGUUGAAUCCUGAAUCAGGAUCUCAUUUUGACGACCCUGAUAACGACCCCCACCCUGACUCCGAUGACAACCCCGACCCCGAAUUUGUCUAUGAUUCAGACCUAGAUCUUGACUUCGACUCUGACUCCGACCUCGACUCAAGUUCAUAUCCCGAUUUGGAUUCAUACUAA